AAAUUAGGCUGAACUAAUGGAUGAAUUGAAGUCAAACCUCAAAUAUAUGUUGGCCAAAUCAAAACAAACGGUUGCAAUUAAUGAUUGCUCAGACAUCGCUAGACAGUGCGGCUUCAGUGUUGAUGAAGAUGAUGAACAAUGUAAACAAGGCAAGUCUAUGGCAGGCGUCUUAUUGAGUCUUCUGAAGGACAAGCCAUUGUCUUCCAUGAAGGAGACUUUUCUGCCUCUUCAAGGUAAAUUGUGGCACGAGUGGUGCAAGAAAGACAAAGAAUUCGCUCGCUUGAGAGUAGAGGGGGACCAAAGCGUGGAAGAGUACAGGGACAACAUUGCAAUUGAAAAACAAUCAAUACGGGAAGCCCAGCUUCACAAAGCAUCUCCUCUCAAUAAAUUAAUGAGAUCGUUCAUUGAUAAUAUGGGGCAUCAUGCAGACUCAGUAAAACAAUACUCACUGCAUUGGCUACAAAUCUAUUUAGAUAACCUGUCUGCAGGUAGCAUAUCACAACUUCAUCAGGAGUAUCACCAGGAUCCGAAAGGAAUACUUGAGUCCAGGAGAACAGUUAUUGGCAGUAGGUUACUGUCUAUACAACAAGCAGAGCUGGAACGAAUAUCAGAAAAACAUGAGGCAUCCUCUUUUGGAAUCCAUCACCUUUUCAGGGAAGUUGGGCAGAUCUAUGAAGCGUCACAGACACCGCGCACAGCUGACAUGCCCUCGGCUGCUUUGCCAGGCAUCGCAGCAGAUUUGAUGCUCUCUGGGAUCCCUCUUGAACUCAUGGACGGUGAUGCCUCACAUGUCCCCCUCACUUGGAUUUGCUCAGUUUUGGACGAAGUUAUUGAAAAAAUUGGGAACAAAAAACUAUUUGUCCUCUCCAUACUGGGCAUACAGAGCAGUGGCAAGUCCACGCUGCUGAAUGCAAUGUUCGGUCUCCAGUUCCCUGUGGGUGCUGGGAGAUGCACCCGAGGGGUCCACAUGCAGUUGUUGAAGGUGGACGAAGAGUUCAGCAAAGAGCUGGGAUAUGACUUUGUGUUGAUAGUCGACACAGAAGGGCUCUGUGCCCCAGAGCUAUCAAAUGCGACACCCACUCUUGACAAUGAACUGGCUACAUUUGUGAUCGGCCUUGCAAACAUGACCGUGAUCAAUACUUUUGGAGAGAAUCCCUCUGAGAUGCACAACAUUAUACAGAUCGCAGUGCAGGCAUUUCUGAAAAUGAAGCAGGUGAAAUUGUCACCAAGCUGUGUGUUUGUCCAUCAAAACGUCGGGGAUGUGACUGUAAAAGAAAAUGUCAUGGAUGGAAGGAGACUCUUCCAGGAUACGUUAGACGAGAUGACUCGCACAGCUGCAGAACAGGAGCAGUACAAAACUGUAUCAUUUGACGAGGUGAUUGGGUUCGACGUGCACUCUCAGAUCCAUUUCUUUUCUCACUUUUGGGAAGACGAUCCUCCAAUGGCUCCGUCAAAUCAAAGCUACUUCCAACAUGUUAAAAAACUUAAAGAUAGCAUCAUCAAGACAAAAAGUCACGUUUUAAAAAUAUCAGAAUUGAAAAAUCGUAUCCGAGAUUUGUGGAAUGCAUUGCUUUCAGAAGACUUUGUGUUUAGCUUCAAUAACUCCCACGAGAGUGCAGCUUACAGCAAACUUGAAGACAUGUAUGGGAAAUGUACUUGGAGCCUUAGGAGUCAUCUUAUUAAAGAAGAGAAUAAGAUGUGUAAUAUUAUUAAUAACAGGACAGACGUAUUGUCGAGUUUGACUAGGUCAAACAUUGAGCAAACCCUUUCCCCAAAAUACAACCAGAUCAGGAAAGACAUUGAAACAUAUUUUAAUCGACUACAUGCUGCUGAAUUGUUGAGUCAAUGGAAAACUAACUUCAUCGUGAAAUUUGAAACAAUUAAGGACGAGCUUGUGACUGAUAGUUACAAAAAAAAUUACUGUUUUGAGGAAUCAAAAGAGUGUAUGGAACUGUCUGGAUGAAUAUAGAUCCAGCUUUGAGGAUCAGCUUUUAAAAAAGAGC